AUGUUGGUCGCCAUGACUGCGAUGCUCGUGUCCGUAGCCGAGUUCUCCAACAUCCUGUCCGUGUUGGCCGUGCUCAUGUGCUUCUGUGCCAUGUUCUUGCUGAUCAUGAGGAACAUGACAGUAUUUUGGCUGCACGGCGAAGAACUAAUGUUUGGUGGCAAUGCAGUACAUCCAGUGCAACAAAGGAUACCACAAAUGAAAAUGAUGAAAGUUCACAUACCGUUCACGUUCAAAUUACAUGAAACUUCGAAUUCUUCUUACUCUGAUCUUCGUUGUACGAUCUCAAGUCAAGUUCCGUAUACACUGCAAGCAUUUUGGGGUGUUUCUAUUCGAGAGCUUCACCAUUUCCUUUGGAAGACUUGGAGCUCAUUUCAGACAGCUGUCAAUGAUGACUCAUUACUUAGUGGACACUACCAACACUGCGGAUUGACUUUACACGAAACAAGCCAUACGGAAAAAACCAUCCAGAUGUUUAUGCCAGAGGGCAAGUUGGAUUUAGGUACGCCGCCUCGGCACUGUUACCCAUUGGUUAUAUUUCUCAUAAGAGACAUACCCGAAAACUCUACUUUACAUCCAGAUGAGACGGUUGCAUUAGUGAAUGUCGUACACAUACAGGAUAACGUAUGCACGUUGCCCACCAAUAUUUUGGCGCAAUAUCUUAAACAAGCAAAUGGACAACUGUCGUCAUUAAAGCAACUGUAUUUGGCCACCGGUAACGCACUCGGUUAUCAAGACGAUGCUUGUGAUGACGCAUCGCAGAGGGCCGUCGUUCUAGACAACAACAACAGUAGCAGCAGCUUAAACGCAGGCCAGGAACAGUUGUGCGUCGUGUGCCAGUAUUACCCGUUGUCCAGAGCCCUUUUGCCGUGCCGUCAUACGUGCAUAUGCGCCACAUGUUUCGGUAAACUGGAGACGUGCCCGAUGUGUCGUAGUCCUAUCAAGAGCUACUUUUGCGUGCGCACUGAGGAUUAUUUGGCCGAUUGCGCGCUGGGUUUGGAGAAAACGGGCGCGUCGGCAAAACGGCAGGCGUUCUCCCAGUGGAUUCAAGACAGUAUUACAGACUUUCUCGGCCUACAUUAGGCCUCCCAAUCUCUCUCAGUCCCCUCCCUCUCAUGUUUCCCACCAUCCUUUUCUUCAUCCCUAAUUUUUUUUUAAUUUUUUUUUUUUUUAAUUUAAAUCAAACCGUUAGCGUUAGGCAUUUUUUUUUGUUCAUGUGCGUAUAAAACACACACACAUACACACACAUAUUGAUUAAUCGAUUAAUUAACAAUCCUUCGUCGCCCACUUGGAAUUAACCUCUCAUCGUUUCCAAUGUAUAUUACUUAAUACAUUUAUGCAUGUAUUUAUUGUGAUAUAUUUAUUAUAUAUAAAUAUAUAUAUUCAUAUAAGUGUAAUACAUAAUUUCGUUUGGUAGUAUUACGUUUGGAAAUCGCCUUAAAUGUAUGUUUGUGGACCCCCUCUUUUUAUUUAUUAAAGAAUCAAGCACGUAUGUCAAUAUUUAUACGCUACGCAUAAAUAUUGAUCUGUCUAUGAGGUACAACCGAAAUACCGUGGAUACUUCGAUGGUGUAAAAUACGCAUAAAAUCGACGGAUUUAUGUAGAACAUGAUGAUAGGUUAUUGGUGUUAAACAAUUACUCAUGCAGAUAAAAAUGACAUUGUGUAAAGACGCUAGUCUAGCAAUCUGUGGAGCUAAGUUUUAUAUAUUUAGGAAGAAAAAAAUUUAAGGACGUAUACAUUUAAUAUUUUCUACUUUACGGAAUUAUCAAAAUCAUUUCCCCUCCCCCAUAACAUAUCU